CGGGGGCGGGCCUCCACCCGCUUCUCCCCAGCGCGGAGAGCCCGGCUCGGCGGCCGCCGACGCAGCAGCCGUCCCCGCUCCCGAGUCCCUAGGCACGCGGGCUCCCCGGUGGCCCAGGCGGGCGCUGCGUGAGGGCGCGCGAGGCGGCGCGGGGCGGGCCGCACGCGCCCCCAGCCGCCCCCCGCCCGCGCGCGGACCGGCCCAGCGCAGCCGCGGCGCGGGGAGCGCCGGCCCGGCGAGGGCGAUGCCGCGGUGACGGCCCCGCCAUGGCGAAGCCCCCGGCGGCGGCGGCGGCGGCGGCGUCGGAGGAGCUGAGCCAGGUGCCGGACGAGGAGCUGCUGCGCUGGAGCAAGGAGGAGCUGGCGCGGCGGCUGCGGCGCGCCGAGGGCGAGAAGGUGGGCCUCAUGUUGGAGCACGGCGGCCUGAUGCGCGACGUGAACCGGCGGCUGCAGCAGCACCUGCUGGAGAUCCGCGGCCUCAAGGACGUGAACCGGCGGCUGCAGGACGACAACCAGGAGCUGCGCGAGCUCUGCUGCUUCCUGGACGACGACCGGCAGAAGGGGCGCAAGCUGGCGCGCGAGUGGCAGCGCUUCGGGCGCCACGCGGCCGGCGCCGUGUGGCACGAGGUGGCCCGCUCGCAGCAGAAGCUGCGCGAGCUCGAGGCGCGCCAGGAGGCCCUGCUGCGCGAGAACCUGGAGCUCAAGGAGCUGGUGCUGCUGCUGGACGAGGAGCGCGCGGCGUUGGCGGCGGGGGGCGCGGGCGGCAGCGGCAGCGGCGGCGCGGGCUCCCGCAGCUCCAUCGACAGCCAGGCCAGCCUGAGCGGGCCGCUGGCGGGCGGCGCGGCGGGCGCGGGGACCCGCGACGUGGGCGACGGGAGCAGCACCUCCAGUGCUGGCAGCGGCGGCAGCCCGGACCACCACCACCACCACCACCACGUCCCGCCCGCGCUGCUGCCUCCCGGGCCGCACAAGGCGCCCGACGGCAAGGCCGGAGUCACGCGCCGGUCCCUGGACGAUCUCUCGGCGCCGCCGCAUCACCGCAGCAUCCCCAAUGGCUUGCACGAUCCGUCGUCCACCUACGUCAGGCAGCUGGAGUCCAAGGUGAAGUUGCUGGAGGGUGACAAGUUCCCGGCACAGCUGCCCUUCCCCUCCAGGCGCCCGAGGAGCUGGCUGCAGGGGGGCCCCGGAGAGUUCCGGACCCUGCGGAAAGGCUUCUCCCCCUACCACUCGGAGUCCCAGCUUGCCGCCCUGCCGCCGCCCUACCAGGACGCCCUGCCGAACGGCCCGGCCUGCCCUGUGCCUGAGCUGCCCUCGCCUGCCUCUUCCGGCUACAGCUCUGCCGGACAGAAGCCCGAGGCUGUGGUGCAUGCGAUGAAGGUCCUGGAGGUGCACGAGAACCUGGACCGGCAGCCCCAGGACAGCUGCGAGGAGGACCUGAGCGAGAAGGAGAAGGCCAUUGUCCGUGAGAUGUGCAACGUGGUCUGGAGGAAGCUGGGAGACGCCGCCAGCUCCAAGCCCUCCAUCCGGCAGCACCUGUCUGGCAAUCAGUUCAAGGGGCCCUUGUAGGGCCGCUCUUCCCGGCCGUGGACUGGCACACCUGGAGCCCAGAUGCCGUCUUCCUGCCUGGGGGCGCACUGUACAUAGCACGCGGCGUGCCCCGGCCUUGCCAGGCCUCCAUCUCCCGCCUCACUCACCAGCAAAUCCCAAGACGAGAAGCUGCCGACCUGUCCGUCUCUGGGCCCCCAGCACCGGCUACGUUAGCGAGAGGCCCGAGGCUGCUGCUGCUGCUGCUGCUGCUGUGAUGCCAGGCCCACGGACGGCCCCUGGCUCCGGGGCCCCGCCCUCCACAGGGGCCUUCACCAGGUCUCUACCCUGCUGCCCGCACAGAGACCGGCGCCACUGGAGCCUGGGUUCUGGCACAGUGGCACCCCCUCCACCAAGCCUUUCCCUGCCCUGGCUCCCUGAGCACUGGGCUCCCUACGUCCUGGACAAGGAAACUCACCAAGUCCCUGGCUGGCCACAGGCUGCUCUGCGGUUCCAGGCCCUUUCUCUGACCCCCCGCUGUGCCCAGCUGCCCUGCUGCUCACCCUCUGCCCCCCAAGACAGCCGCCCUCUCUGUAACGUCCCCUGCCCUGUGCCCAGGGCUCGUCCCUCGCUGUGGUUUACACGACGGGCCGGGGGCACCGGGCAGUCCCAUGCAGUCUCUGAGCCGAGCCAUGCGUUGUUUUCUCUGGACAGUAGCACUGGGCCACGGCUAGGCCUGUGGUCAGCUGUGGCCUCCCCCAGGGACCCGGCCACACCCUGGGUCACUGUGAACAGAGCCGUGGAGGUGCCGGUUCUGGCUUUAAUUUGUUGAGUGACCUUCAGCAAGUCACUCAGCGUCUCUGGGCCCCGGAGGUCUCCAUGGUUUCCUUCAGCCCUGCUCGAGGUUCGAGCCCACACAGGUCUAGUGGGCUGAGUCAUGUUCACAGCCGUGGAGCCGAUGGAGAGGCUGCUGGGGUGUGCUGGGCCCUAGCUGUGCCCUGCCGCCUGGCAGGCUCGUCGCGGGUGCCGUCACCUCCCCUCUGAGCCUCAGGGCUGUCGGCCACCGCCGAGGCGGCUCUGUGGGUUAGCUGUGAAGGGAAGGCAGGAACUGACACGUGAGGACGAGGCUGAGAGCGGGUGGUCGUGUGGGCAGUGAGAACGAGCUCCUGGGUCCUGGAGCCCUAGGACGGGCCGGGCCACCUCGCGCACACCGCUUCACCAGCCUUCCUCACUCUUCCAUGGUACCGAGCGAGGUGCCCAGGGGCUGUGUGUGGCCGGCAGGUCCCAUCUGGGCCCUUGUGAGGCCUGGGGACCAAGGCACGGGGGUAUUCCCACUGUGUGUGCCUGCAGCACCCUUGGGUCCUAACUCAGGGGAAAGGCUCAUGGCCCAGGGCGUGCUGAGUGGGCGCUGAACAGGGGACGGCCCCUGCACAGUUCCAGGGAGCCCCCUGAGCUUUUUCUGGAAGGAGCUUCCGUCACCAGGGCUGUGCUCUUGAAGCUGGGUGAACACCUGCCGGUCAUGGCCCUGGGCAGUUCCUGCCCAGGUGGGCAGCUGGGCUGGGAGCGCCAGAGGCACCUUCUGGGUCCUGGAGUCCAAAGAGCCACAGCAGCCCCGGAGAGGGUGGGACCGCAGCUGCCGCGAGCAGAGCCGGGAGUGUGUUGUGUGCGCAUCAGGCAGCUGGGCCACCACUGAAAUAAGCAAUAAGUAGACUCCUGGGAUCGGUCAGUCCCCUGCAGGUGGGCCUUGAAGCGACCUUCCCUUCCAGAGGGGAGUGACCCUGUCCCUAAAGCUGUGUGGUGUCCGUGGACCCGUGGAGCACAUCCUGAGAGCCCUCCUGUCCCUUCCUGCCCCUGCUGGCGGCCCCUGGCUUGCUAGGGUGGGACUGCCCGAGGGAGGGACGCAUCUCAAAUGGAGCCACGACUGCACCUGGGCACAGCUGGUGGCCGUAGAGCCAGCGGCUGGGGCCUCAGGUGGCCGUUUGGCCGCAGCUCAGGGUGACGCCCAGCUCUGCCACUAGCAGGGCGACACGGGGCCAGCCCCUCCCUCUGGAGCCUCAGCUCUGAGCCCCUCGUUGGGCUGGGGUGCUGAGACCCCCACCGUGAAGGCAGCCACUGGCCCAGCCCCGCACGGGGGCCUGCCACCCUGAAGUCCGAAUCUGCUGAGCAGCUUUUAGGCGGGCGCGUUUCUACCCCCGAGUUAUGCUACACACCAGUGUUAAGAGAGAAAAAAGUGACCUUUCAUUUUUUUUUCUUGAGACUUGAGAGUGAGCAAACUGCAUACUACUGAUUUUUUGAAGAGCAGACGGCACGGCUGCGGAGCGGCACAGGUGUCUGUUCGCGCCGUGCGGGCGCAGCGCUGGCUUGAGGCGGUGCCCGCGGUGAGACCCGUAGCCGCUCGCUUGCAGCCAGAGCCGCGGGUGCCUGGCCCGUUUCUACCUUCUGUUGAACCACUUUGAUUUGGGGAGAGAAAAUAGAGCUUUUUGAUAGUGCGGUAAACACGAUGAUUUUAACUAUUUUAGUAAAAGGAGUAACAGAUCAGGUUGUGAUGGUGUAUACUUUGAGCUAGAGAAAUAAAGGCCUCUGCGAGCCUC